AAAACGAAGGCCUUGACGCUUGGCUGCUUUCUGUGUUUUAAGGACUCGCGUCUCGGGCAUCCCAACAAAGAUCUCUUCUCGUGGUUAACGUUAGCUUGUCGAAAUGGAUGCAAAUGCCCCGUCAACAUCUGCUCCUGUGUCUAUGGGAACCUCCAUCAUAGCGGUAACCUUCAACGGUGGCGUCAUUCUCGGGGCUGAUAGCCGGACGUCAACAGGGAACUAUGUUGCAAACCGCGUGACCGACAAGAUUACGCCACUUUGCGACAAUGUUUAUACGUUACGAUCGGGGUCAGCGGCGGAUACACAGGCGAUUGCAGGAUAUGUGCAGCACUUCAUCGCGCAACACCAGGCCGAAGAGGGAGAUCAUGUAACUGUUAAGACUGCUGCCAACCUCGUUAAGAUGAUGGCAUACAACAACAAGGACAUCAUGCAAGCAGGCCUCAUUGUUGCGGGAUUUGACAAGUACGGCGGUGGCCAGGUCUAUUCGAUUUCGUUGGGCGGUACCAUUACGGCGACACCGUUUUCGAUGAGCGGCUCUGGCUCCACCUACAUCAACGGCUUCUGCGAUAAAUACUGGCGGGAGAACAUGAGCGAGGAGGAGGCCAUGGACUUCGUCACGCGGGCCCUUCGUUACGCGAUGACCUGGGACGCCAGUUCCGGAGGUUGCAUACGGACCGUCACCAUCACGGCCGCUGGCACCAAGCGGCAGUUCAUCCAGGGCAGCCUCAUCCAACCCACCUACGGCGAGCUUCCGCGCGAACAAAUCGUUGCCUAGGUCGUGUGGAAAAACAACGUAUUGCUGUUUGUCAGGAGAGGAGGUUGCUGACAUUGCUCCUGCAUAAGUACCCAGCUGUUUUAGGCAGGAUGUCUUGGCGGAUUUGAUGGUAAUGCAGCAAGUGUGCAGUCAAGAUAGAAUUGUCGUCAAGAUAGGAUUGCUACCGUCCGCGGACAAGUUACACAUACGCCAUGAAGCGUUCGUGAAGGUUGUAUCGAGAGAAGACAGCUUUAACGAGCCAAAUUUGUAACACGUGAUUGAUAUUCAGGCUAUCAAGAUGGCAGUAGCAUAACAUUCCUCAGCAAUAGCAUAACAUUCCUCACCAAGCAAGCGUUCAACAUUCUUCACCAAGCAAGCGUUCCCGUGCUGCUGACACCCAUUCAGGGCGCAAAACCACCAAAAUCCAUCACAUCCAAGCAAACCCCUAUCUAGCCCUAAUGCCAUUAAAGGCCUCCUUGUGCCUCAGUUUUCGUCGCGCCGUCCCCUUCAGGGCCCCCGGCUUGUUGGGCCGGUUUCGUGCUGGGCUGUGGGUUGUGUGACAACAGAUAGUAUGCGAGGAACUCCACAGGGUUGUCUGGCCUCUCCUUGCACAGCGCUUGCAUGCCUUGCAUAAGCACAGGCACUACCG